AAUGAAUAUUGAAAUGUUGAAUAAUAUUCAAUUUGGAAUCCUUAACAGAGCUCCUAUUCAUACGCUAUACGAUGUUAUUGAACAAAUUUAUGAUCCUUUAAUGAAAAUGAAAAGAGCUUCUAGGAAAUUUUACUCAUUUAAGAGUGAAAAUUUAUCACAUUCCGAUCAUUCUGAACAAGAUAACGAAUAUGACGACUUACCUUUACUUGUCUCGAGAUUUCUUGAUACUAUUUCGAGGACAGUUAGUCAACUAGAGUCGGAAGUUCUUUUCAAAAUUCCUCAAAAUCUUUUCCUAUCCGAAAAUCUUGAAGAGAAUCUUGAAAAUCGCGAACUUUUGAAAAAAAUUGUUGAUUUAGGUAGACAAUGGAAAAUGUUGUUACAAAAGGCUCUUGACGAUAUGCCAAAAACCGCUAGUAAUCCAUCCCCUAUGGCUGAAAUUGAAUACUGGCGAGAAAGAUAUUCCGCUUUAAACAAUCUUCAUGAACAAUUAAACGUUCAAGACGUUAAAAAUAUAUUAACUAUUCUCAACUAUAAAGAUAAAACUAUUGGCACUAUAAAGGAGGAAUUAUCGAAAUUUUAUACGGAAGCUAAGGACAAUGUCCGCUUUUUGUCUACUCUAGAUAGGCAUUUUAAGAAUUUAGCCCAUUCAAAUUUCUACAUUAUUUCCUAUACGAUACCUUCGAUGUUGAACACUUUGAGAAUGAUAUGGAUUAUUUCUAGACAUUAUAAUCAAGAAAAGAGAAUGAUACCUCUCCUCGAGAAAAUAGCAUGGCAAUUGAUAGAAAGGGUUGAAAUAUCUAUUAACUAUAAAACCCUUUUCAACGAACCAGUUGAAACUAUUCUCAAUAAGACAAGUCAAGCAAGAGAUAUCUUUACUACAUGGAAAGAAUCGUAUUUUGAAGUUAGAGCGUUAAUUGAAGAGUCGAAUAGAGAAUCAAGAUGGGAAUUUGACAGAAAAAAGUUGUUCGAGAAGACAGACUAUAUGUCGAGAAUUUGCCAAGAUUUAUUCGAUUUCGCCCAAACUAUUCAAGAGUUUAAUAAUAUAUUUGGACCAGAGCUUAAAGCUCUUACAGGAAAUACUAAAGGAAUAGAUAAUGGUUUAAAUAAGGUUAAAAGGCUAAUUCAACCAUUACAAGAGUUGGAUUUUAAUUUCUUUGAUUCGAAAUAUAAGAAUAAAUGGAAACAGCUAAAAAAUUGGUUCCAUUUUGAGGUUGAUGCUAUUGAAAUUGAUACCAAAAGUUUGGUUGAUUAUUCAUUUAAAAAUUUGAGAUCAGCCGAAGCUGCUUUUGAUCUUUUAAUAAAAUUUGAAUGUAUUAGAUCAAGAAGAAGUAUAAAUGAAAAAAUGAAAGAGAAAAUGACUGACAUAAUUAUUCAAUAUGGUAAAGAGAUUGAUGAAAUUGAAAAGAUAUUCCAUAGGAAGAAAAAUACACCUCCAAAGAUUAAGGAUAUGACUAAUACAUCUGGAAUUAUAUUUUGGGAAAGAUUACUCUUUCGUAAGAUAAAGAGAACUAUGUUAAAGUUUUUAUCAAUGGAUAAUUUAUCAAAUUCGGAUUUAUUAAAAUUAAUGAAACAAAAGUAUCUAACAGUUGCAAAGCAAUUAAAAUCUUUUGAAGAUGAGAUUUAUGAACAAUGGAAAGAUAACUCUGAAAAUAUUAUAAUAAACUUAAUGCGACAGAGUAUCUUAUCUUCUCCAAAGCAUACCAUUUAUAUACAAGAUGAUGAUAUCAAAGCUACUUUUGAAGUUAAUUUUAACGUUGAAUUUGACCCUGCCCUGAAGGAGUUAAUUGUUGAAAUUAAACAAUUAGAAUUAAUGGGUUUUAAAAUACCAGAAUUACUUAGAAGUUUAGCUCUACAGGAAACUCAUUAUCUUAAGAAAGUAGAUGCCAUGAAAUCUGUAAUAGAUCGUCUAAAAGAGAUAACAGAUCGAUUAGACGAUGAUGAAAAACUUUUAUUAGCGAACCAUAUCAAUCAAUUAAGAAACGUAUUUAAACCAGGUUUGAAACGACUUAAUUGGUGUUCAUUGGGAGUUGAGGAGUUUAUUUUAUCUUGCAGAAAGGCAAUUGAACAAUUCGAAUCAAUAGGUCAGCAAGUUCUAAAAAUUGUUGACAAUAUUUCGACAAAAGUAAACAUUCUUGAAACUGUUAAACUCUGUCCUAAUUUAUAUUUUGGUGAUCCUAAUGAUCUUACUAGUAGAAAUUAUUUCUUAUUUGUAAAGAAACAAUUAGACGAUCAAUACGAAAUUCUUAAUAGAAAAUAUUUGUCUAUUAGUCAACAAUUAAUCAAAUUAGAAAGCGUCAUCUUUCGAACUAAUACGGGACGUCGACCGGAAAUGAAAGAAUAUUAUAGAAUAUUGGAAAGAAAGCUUUAUAGAGCAGUUAGGAACAAUAUUUGUCAAAAUUUAAAACGAUUAAUCAUCGCUUUAAAAGAGCCAAAGUUUAGUUUAAGAGCAAUAUUAACUGGAUCUGAUGUGGUUUUAAGUCCAACCGCGGCCGAACUUUAUAAAGAGGUUAGACAGUUCGUUAUAUCAAUUUUGGAUGAUAAUGAUUUAAAAUGUAGGUGGCAGCACGGAAGUUGCUUGGAAUGCCCACCCCAAAAGCUUGAAAAUGUUGAAGAGGAGUUCAUAUUCAGCUAUUAUGACGAUAUAAUUAAUGAUAAUAACAUUAAUGAAUUAGCAAAUCUUAUACACUGCGUUAUUCGCAAUUAUCUUAUAGACAUUCAAGAGUAUAUCCGUAGGUGGCGCAAAUGGCGUACACUUUGGAGAACUGAUAAAGAAACAGUAUUUGAGCUUUGGAUAUCAAAAUGUCCACGAUUUGUUCAAUUUGAUGAAAAAUUAUUAUCCUAUCAAUCAAUGAUAAACGACUUAUGUAUUUUACCAAAACAAAGAGAUAUUGGCUGUAUUCGAUUAUUGAUAACUCCGUUAACAAACUCUGUUAUUCACCACUGUCGACUAUGGUUAAAGUUAUAUAGUAAUGCCCUCUAUCAACAAGCUAAAGAUGAAAUGAAAAAUAUCUAUGAAAUGAUAUGUAUUAAAUAUAUACAUCUAGAAGAAAAACCUAUAAGCACAGAAAAAGUUAUGUUUAUCUUAAAUAUAAUCUCUAAUAUCCAAUCAUCAUUCUCCGAUCAAUUAGCAAUCAUCAAGAUAACGCAAGAAAAAUAUAGAAUGCUAAAAUCUUAUCAAUUAAUUCAAUUGACGCCGUUAGAAGAUUAUCUAAUCAAUCAAUUAGACAAGAGUUGGGAAGAAUUAUUAGAACAUUCAAAAGGGAUAAAUAGAAAAAUGAUUACUGUUAAAUAUAAAUUUCGUAAAAUAACGAGAGAAAGAACGAGAAAAUUCUUGGUAGAAGUUCAUAGCUUUACAAUAAAAUUCGAUAGAAAAGGACCAAAUUCUAUUCAAUACAAUCUAGACGAAGGCCUUAAUCUAUUGAAUAUUUAUAAGAAGGAAUUUGAUGAUUUAGAAAAGAGAAAAUUAGAAAUUGUAAAGGAAGAGAAAUUAUUUGAUUUAAAAAUAUCAAAUUUUCAAAUUUUAAUAAAUUUAGAGAAAAAAAUUGGAAAUUUAUUAAAAAUAUUUCAUUUAUAUAUUGAAUUAAAAAGACUCGACGAAAUUUGGUCAAAAAUUCUAUGGAUUGAUUUAAAUUUACAAUCAUUUUCGGACAAUUUAUUCAAUAUUAUAAAAAAGUUUAAACAAUUAUCAGAAAAUAUUAAACAAUUAAAUCCUAGUAGAAAAUUAUUAAAGUUAUUAGAUGAUUAUAAAGAAUUAAUACCAUUAUUUAAAGAAUUAAAGAAUGAAACUAUAAGAGAAAGGCAUUGGUUAAUUUUAAUGGAGAAAACUGGUGAAAAUUUUAACAUUUCACCAGAUUGUUUCUGUUUAAAAAAUAUCUUUGAUAUGAAUAUUCAUAAUAUCAAAAGUGAAAUAUACGAUUUAGUAAAUGGGGCAAUUAGAGAACAAAAUAUUGAAAAAAGUAUUAAAUCUAUUGAAGAAUUAUUAAAUAAUUUAAAAUUAAAUAUUAUCGAAUAUAAAAGAUCGAAAAAAGGAGAUAAAUAUUAUAUAUUUAAUUCAAUUGAAGAUACUAUCAAUCUUUUAGAAGAACAAUCGAUAAAUCUUCAAAGUAUAUCAUCUUCGAAAUUCGUUAGACCUUUUCUACGAAGUAUAAACGAAUUAGAGAAAGUUCUUAUGCAAAUUUCCGAAGUUCUCGAUAUUUGGCUGGUUGUUCAAAAAAAAUGGCUUCAUCUUGAAGCUAUAUUCUGUACGAAAGAUAUUCGCCGACAAAUACCCAAUGAAGCUUCAAAAUUUGAUAAACAUUCCAAUAUUUUCCACGAAAUAAUGAAAACUACUAGAAAAGAUUCAAAUGCUAAGAAUUCUUGCUUAUUACCUGGUAGAAUGGAUAUCCUCGUUAAUUUAGAUAAGGCUUUUGAUACUUGCCAAAGAUAUUUAAAUGAUUAUUUAGAUAUUAAGAGGCAAACUUUUCCAAGAUUUUAUUUCUUAUCCGAUAAUGAAUUAUUAUCUAUUUUGGGUGGAGUUCAACCAAAUUCAAUUUUGGAACAUGUUUCAAAAGUUUUUGAUAAUGUCUCCUCUUUAUCUUUUGAUCAAAGUUUUGUAAAGUCUAUGCUAUCCGGCGAUGAAGAAGAGUUGAUAUUAAACAAUUCAAUUAGUAGUCAGAGACCUAUAGAAGAUUGGAUGAAUGAUUUGAUUGAGGAAAUGAAGACUACAAACCAUAAAUUAAUAAAAUUAGCUAUAUUUAAUUAUUGCUGUAGUAAGGUAAGAAUUGAUUGGAUAAACGAAUACCAAGGUGCUAUAUGUUUAGCCGCAUCUCAAGUAUGGAGAACUUGGGAAAUCGAAGAUACUUUUACUAAAUUACAAUCAAAUAAAAAUGCUAUGAAAUCUUAUCUAAAUAAAUUAGAGACUGAAAUUAAUGAUCUAGUUCAAAGAAUUCUUGAAUCCAUACCGGAAAAUAACAGAAAAAAGCUAAAUUGUCUUAUUAUCGUUGAUAUUCAUUCAAGGGAUAUAGUAAAUUCUUUGAUAAGGGAUAAUAUAGUGAGUGGAGAUGAAUUUGAAUGGGAAAGUCAAUUAAGAUUCUAUUGGGAUAAGAAUACGGAUAAUUUAAUAGUUAAUCAGUGUACUGGAUCAUUUCAAUACGGUUAUGAAUAUUUUGGAUUGGCAGGCCGUUUAGUUAUUACUCCUCUAACCGAUCGAAUCUAUCUAACCUUUACUCAGGCUUUAUCAAUGCACCUAGGAGGAGCUCCAUUCGGUCCAGCUGGUACUGGUAAGACUGAAACUGUUAAAGAUUUAGCUAGAGCACUAGGUCUAUUAUGUAUAGUGACUAACUGUAGUGAAGGUUUAGAUUUUAAAUCAAUAGGAAAACUCUUAUCAGGGUUAUGUCAAUGCGGAUGUUGGGGUUGUUUUGAUGAAUUUAAUAGAAUUAAUAUCUCAGUACUAUCUGUCAUUUCAACUCAAUUAACUGUAAUUAGGCAAGCAUCAAUUAUGAAUUUAAAGCAGUUUUUUUUUGAAGGUUAUGAGAUUAUGCUUAGAAAGAACAUGGGAAUUUUCGUAACAAUGAAUCCAUGUUAUAGUGGUAGGACAGAAUUGCCAGAAUCUUUGAAAGCACUUUUCCGUCCCGUUGUUGUUAUGCAACCUGAUAUUCAGCAAAUCUGUCAAAUUCUAUUGUUUUCACAAGGAUUUCAUAAAGCCAAACAAUUGGCUUGGAAAUUAGUUGUUCUUUAUGAUAUGUCACGUGAACAGCUAUCCAAACAGCAUCAUUACGACUUUGGAUUAAGAUCUAUUAAAGUUGCACUUUUAAGUGCUGGAAAAUUAAAGAGAAAAUAUCAGAAUAGACUAACAGAAGAAUUAGUAUUAAUGAAAUCUCUUCGUGAUAUAAACUUACCAAAAUUAAUUAAUCAAGAUAUUGAAUUGUUCAAUGGUCUAUUAUCAGAUUUAUUUCCCGGUUUGGAAAGUCCAUCAUUCAAAGAUGACCAACUUGAUAAAGCAAUUACUGAAUCAUUAAUUGAACAAAAUCUUCAAAUAGUUGCAAAUCAAAUUGAUAAAAUUAAACAAUUUCAUCAAAUGAUUUCUAUUAGACAUUCAACAAUGAUCGUUGGACCAACCAACGGUGGAAAAUCAGUUAUAAUUAAAACUUUAUCAAGAGCCUAUUCAAAAUUAGGAUUAAGGACCAAAUUGAGUACGAUUAAUCCAAAAGAUAGACCUGUUAUAGAACUGUAUGGAAUUUUAGAUCCUAGCAGUCGCCAGUGGACUGACGGUCUUUUAUCAACGUUAUUUAGGGAAGCUAAUAAACCUUGUACAGAUGUUAAUAGAAAUUGGAUAAUAUUCGAUGGUGAUGUUGAUGCCAUUUGGAUAGAAAAUAUGAAUUCCGUUAUGGAUGAUAAUAGAUUAUUGACUUUAGCCAAUGGAGAAAGAAUUAAAUUAGUAGAAGAGUGCAGUCUAAUAUUUGAAGUUGGUGACUUGCAAUACGCUUCUCCUGCAACUGUAUCACGGUGUGGAAUGGUUUUUGUAGAGCCUGAUCAAUUAGGGUAUAAACCUUACUGGCAGAGUUGGCUAGAUAAAAGACCCGUUGAUGAGCAAAAGGAAAUUCUAAAACAUUUAUAUAAUAAAUAUAUAGAUCCCCUUAUUUCGUACAUUUUCGAUGUAAAGCGAGAUGAAAGGAUGGGUGAUAGGCCUAAUACAAUAGUCAAAACAGACAACGUAAAUAUGAUGGAUCAACUAUGUUACCUUCUCUCAUCACUUUUAAAAGUUAAAGAAAAAAAUGAGAUGGUUAUAGAAGCCAUCUUUUUACAAGCUAUUUAUUGGUCAUUCGGUGCCACCGUUAUGAAAGACGAUCAAGUAAAAUUUGACUAUUACGUUAAACAUUUAACACAUCUACCCCCAAAUGACAAUCCCAUUGAAGUAAUCCCUGGUUACAUACCAAAAGCUGAAAAGACUCUAUACGAUUAUUAUUUCGAUUAUAGUAGUCGAUUAUGGAUUCCGUGGAUUAAUAAAGUUAAAAAAUUUUCAUGGUUACCUGGUAAAAAAUUCAAAGAAAUAUUAGUGCCAACGAUUGAUACAGAAAGAGCAGAUUGGCUUUUAAAUAUUCAUUUAAGAACUAAUCGCCGUUUAUUAUUUGUUGGAGAAACUGGUAGUUGUAAAACAGCAACAAUUUCAGAUUUUCUGAGAUCGCUUGACAAUGAACGAUACACGCCUUUGACUAUGAACUUUUCCAGUAGUACAACAUCAUACGAAAUUCAAAAAAAUUUAGAAGCAAAUACAGAGAAAAGAACUAAAAAUACAUUAGGACCAACUUUAGGCAAAAGUUUAGUAGUAUUUAUUGAUGAUAUGAAUAUACCUCUUGUAGAUAAUUACGGUACUCAAGAACCUAUUGCCUUCUUGAGGUUAUUGUUCGACGAAGAGGGCUAUUAUGGAAGAGGUAAUGACUCUCACUGGAUACACCUUAAAGAUAUCGACUUUAUAGCCGCUAUGGGAAAAAGUGGUGGAGGAAGAAAUGAAAUAAAUUCAAGAUUUUUAUCAAGAUUCUCAGUGAUAAAUAUGACUUUACCAUCCGAUUCGUCUCUCUUUCAUAUUUAUUCAUCAAUUUUGAAUGGUCAUCUUGAAGGAUUUUCAAAAGAUAUUCAAAAUUCUUCCUCUAAAAUUACAACCAUGUCAAUUAAUUUAUAUAAGAAUAUUCUUGCGUCAUUACUACCAACACCAACAAAAUUUCAUUAUAUCUUUAGCCUAAGAGAUAUUAGUAGAUUAUAUAGUGGAAUAUUAUCAUCUUCAGCAAACUAUUUUAAAACUUUGCCUCAGUUUCUGCGUCUUUGGAGAAACGAAUGUAAAAGAACAUUUAACGAUCGACUAAUAACUACAGAAGACAUUGAAUAUGUUAAUAAUUGUAUUGAAGCUUCAUUAGAUGAAAAUUUUUCGAAUGAUCUUCAAGAUGUUCUCUCCGAUCCAAUUCUGUUUGGUUAUUACGCAAAUAAUAAAUUCUAUCAAGAUUCUGGCAAUUACGGCAAUGUCUUAGAUAUUUUAAACGAUAUUCUUAUUGAUUUUUACCAGUUAAACGAUGAAAAAUUUGUACUAUUUGAUUACGCUAUCGAACAUCUAACAAGAUUACAUAGAAUUCUUAGUUUAGACGAAGGAAAUGCACUAUUAAUUGGUUUUGAAGGUUCCGGUAGAAGGACUAUAGCGAAAAUUGCUUGUUAUAUUAGCCAUUGCGAUUUAUUCGAAAUAAGCUUAAAGAGAGGUUAUAACGAGGCGAAUUUUCGUGAAGAUUUAAAAGUGUUGUAUAAAAGAUUAGGUUUGGAGAAUAAAAAGAUAGCGCUCUUCCUAACUGAUAACCACAUUUUGGAGGAGGGUUUUCUAGAAAUCAUAAAUUGUAUAUUAUCAACUGGAAAUCUACAAAUUCUAUUUGAAGAGGAUGAAAAAGAUGCUAUUAUUAAUCAAAUAAGGGAUGAAGCCAUAUCAGCUGGAUGGCCUUCGAAUUAUGAACUAAUUUGGACAUAUUUUAGUAGGAAAUCAGCUAGUAAUCUUCAUACAAUUUUAUGUAUGUCACCAGCUGGAGAUUCUCUCCGAAAUAGAUGUAGAAAUUUUCCUGCCUUAAUUAACAAUAUGUCAAUGGAUUGGUAUCUCAAUUGGCCGAAGGAAGCUCUAGUAUCCAUUGCAAAGUCGUAUGUGGAUUUAUCUGAUGAUCAUGUAGCGAAAUUAUUAAAAGAUUCAAUCAAUGAUAUUCAAAAAAAGACUAUAAAUCACAUGGUAAUCGUUCAUGAAUCGUCUUUAAAUAUAUGUAAAGAAUACUUUAACAAAUUUAAAAAAAUCAAUUUCGUUACACAAAAACAUUAUCUAGACUUUAUAAAAACCUUUACUAAUCUUCUGCAAGAGAAGUGUUUAUUAAAUUUUAAACAAUCUAAGAGGUUAUCCGAUGGAAUGAUGAAAUUAGUUGAAGCUAGCAAUCAAAUAAAGGGUAUGAACAAACAAUUAGAAUGGCAAAAGAGUACAUUGAGAAAGAAAACGAAAAAGUGCGAUUCUUUAUUGUCGAAACUAUCGGAAAAGAGUACCGUAGUUGAAGAUAAAAAAAAAUUAACAAGUAUAAAAGCCAAUGAACUUGAUGUGCAAAGUUCAAAACUAGAAGUAGAGAAAAAAGAAGCUGAAUUAGCUUUAGCUUCGGCUCUUCCAGCUUUAGAAGAAGCAAGAUUAGCUCUAAGUAAUUUGCGAAAAGAUGAUGUAAGAGAGAUAAGAUCAUUUGCCAAACCAGUCUAUAUUAUUCAGAGAGUUUGUGAAAGUAUUGUUGUUUUGAAUGGGAUCAAAGAGGUUUCUUGGAGAUCGGCAAAAACUAUGAUGUCUGAAGCUAAUUUUCUUAAGAAUCUUAAAGAUAUAAAUGUAGAUAAUAUAACAAAUAAACAAUUACAUAACGUCAAAUUGAUACUCAAAGAUCCUGAAAUGAAUUUGGAAAAUAUGAAAGAAAAAUCAAGAGCUGGUUAUGGCCUUUUGCAGUUUGUUCUAGCUGUAGUAGAUUAUUGCGAAGUUUACAGAGAAAUUAGACCAAAGAGGGAUAGAGUUGAAAAGUUGGAAAAAAACUUUAAAAAUAUGAAAAAAGAUUUAGACAGAUUAAAUUUAGAUUUGAAUUUUCUUGAACAAGAAAAUGAGAAAUUAAAGAAAAUGUUUGAAGAUGCUAAUCUUGAAAAGAUGAAAUUACAAAAAGAAGCAGCAAUUAUGGAAAGAAGAUUAAAGGCUGCUAAAAAAUUAUUCCAAGGUUUAGGAUCAGAAAAUGAACGUUGGACUAUCGAAUAUAAUCAUUUACAAGAUCAAAGAGAUAAAUUAAUUGGCGAUUGUCUAUUGUCGGCAGCUUUCCUUUCGUAUUCUUCACCGUUUAAUCCUGAAUUUAGGCAAAAGUUAAUGAAGGAUAUAUGGAUAAAUGAUCUAACUAAAAAUGGGAUACUGUAUAGUAAAGACUUUACUGUUCAAAAUUUUUUAACUAACGAUGUUGAAGUUAGUCAUUGGAUUUCUGAAGGACUACCAUCCGAUGAGCUAUCAAUAGAAAAUGGUAUAUUAGCUACAAAAUCAUCGAAAUUUUCAUUAUGUAUUGAUCCACAACAACAAGCCUAUCAUUGGAUAAUAAAAAGAGAAAAGAAGAAUAAUUUAAAGAUAUGCUCGUCGAACGAUACAGAUUUUCUAAAACAAUUAGAAUUAGCUUUAAAAUACGGUUAUCCAUUCCUUGUGAAAAACUUAGACGAAAACAUUGAUCCAAUCAUUAAUAAUCUCUUAGAAAACGGCAGAAAUAAUGAUUUUAAUAGGAAAUUAUUGUUAUUCGGUGAUAAAGAAAUCGAAAUGGAUCCAAAUUUUAGACUAUAUUUAAAUACCAAUCUAUCAAAUCCUAAAUUUAGACCAUGCUUCUAUUCAAACGCAGUUGUUAUUAAUUAUACCGUAACUACAAAAGGAUUAGAAGAUCAAUUAUUAAGUGUUAUUGUACAAUUUGAAAAAAAUGAAUUAGAAGAUCAAAAGAAGAGAUUAAUUAGAGAAACAAGUGAAAAUAAAAGAUAUUUAAAAGAUUUUGAAAAUUCUUUAUUAAGAGAAUUAUCAAACUCAACUGGUAAUAUGUUAGAUAAUAGCGAACUGUUAUCAACAUUAGAAAACACUAAGCUAAAGGCAAAUGAAAUAUCUGACAAAUUAAAGUUAGCUAGUAAAAAUACUAUUGAAAUUGAUCAACUUAGAGACGCUUAUCGUCCAGCCGCUAAACGCGGUGCUAUUCUUUUCUUUAUCUUGGAUGAAUUAUCACUUGUUAAUCCUAUGUAUCAGUAUUCUCUUAAUUUCUAUCUAGAAGUAUUUGAUUAUUCACUUAGAAAGAGUAUGCCUGAUAUGAAUCUAAAAAAGAGAAUUGAAAAUAUUAAAGAAACUUUAACUUAUAACGUCUAUUUAGACGCUUGUAUAGGAAUAUUUGAAAAGCAUAAAAUAUUGUUCUCUUUUCAAAUUGCUGCUAAAUUAGAAGCUGAUGCUGGCAGAGUAACUGAUGAUGAAAUUGAAUUCUUUAUUAGAGGUAAUACAGAAUUUGAAAAGACAAAUGACGAAGAGAACAAUCCUCCUUUUAAGUGGGUUCCGUAUCAAUGUUGGAAAGAUUGCUGUUAUCUUUCAAAAAAAUUCCCUAAUCUUUUUGAAACUUUAUUGGAAAAUAUUACAGAUAAUGAAAUAACAUGGAACAAGUGGUACAAAAGUAAGAUGACUGAAAAGUUGAAAUUUCCAACGCCAUUUGACAAAGGAUUAUCUCUAUUUCAACAACUUUUAUUGUUAAGAUGCUUUCGCGUUGAUAGAGUUUACGCCGCUGUAACGAAUUAUGUUGUUAAGAUAAUGGGCGAAAAAUUUGUUACAUCACCGAUCGUAAAUUUAGAGAAUAUUUUGGAAAGAUCAAACCCAAAUUCUCCAGUAGUAUUUAUUCUUAAUCCAGGAGCAACGCCAAUAUCUAAAUUAGAACAAUUAGCCGAAUCAAUUAAAUAUAUUGGUAAAAAUCGAUUAAAGGCACUCUCUUUGGGCCAAGGGCAGGAAUGUACCGCUCUUUCUCUUUUAGAAAUUGCUAUUUCUAGGGGACAGUGGCUGUUACUUCAGAAUUGUCAUCUUUUGCUUGGCUGCUUAGACGAACUGGAAAAGUAUUUACAGAAAGUUACAAACCCCCAUCCUCACUUUAGAUUAUGGCUUACAACAGCUCCAGUGAAUAACUUUCCACUUAGCAUCCUGCGUCGGUCUCUUAAAGUUGUAACUGAAGCACCUUAUGGCUUAAAAUUGAAUUUACGUCAUACUUAUUCAAGAAUAACAACAAAUUUAACAACGUCAUGCUCCAAUUCAGCAUUUCAUCCUUUAUUGUUUGUUCUAGCAUUUUUUCACGGUGUUGUACAAGAAAGAAGGAAAUAUGGAAAAAUUGGCUGGAAUGUUCCAUACGAAUUCAAUGAAUCUGACUUUUUAGUUGCAUCAAAUAUCUUAUCAAUAUACUUGAAUAAAUUAUUGAAACAUCCUAGAUUAGAAAUACCAUGGAAUAGUUUAAAGUUUUUAAUUGGGCAAAUAACGUAUGGUGGAAGGGUGACAGACUCGUAUGAUAGAAGAAUAAUAGCAACUUAUAUGGAUGAAUAUAUGGGAGAUUUUAUCUUUGAGAAAAUACAAUCAUUCUAUUUCUAUAAGGAUUCUUCUAUUUGUUACAAAAUACCAGAACCAUCCAAAGGUCAAAGAGCUCAUAAACAAAUGUAUGUUGAUUAUAUAGAAUCUCUACCUUUGACUAAUAGCCCGGAAGUGUAUGGUCUGAGUUUGAUGGCUGAAAUUGGUUAUUAUACUGACGCAACUAGAGACUUGUGGAGGAAUUUGGCCGAAUUACGGCCCACCAUAGAUAAUAAAGAGUAUGAUUUAUCAGUAGAAGAUCGUCUAGAGCGGAUAGUUGAUGAAAUACUCAAUCAAUUACCCAAUUUAUUCGGUACAUUGAAAUUAAAAGGAAAUUUGGACAAAACUUUAAAGCCUAUAGCUGUAGUUUUAUUCCAAGAGUUAGAAAGAUUUAAUUUACUUAGAGAAAAGAUAUUUAGGACUUUAAGUGAACUUAAAAGAGCAAUAAAAGGUGAAGAUGGAAUGAAUGAAGAGCUAGACGAAGUUAGUAGCUCAUUGAUCAACGAUCAAAUACCAAAUUCUUGGAAACGCCUUGCUCCAGAAACAAGAAAGUCGCUAGCGGAUUGGAUAAUUCAUUUAAAGUUGCGCUCUGUGCAAUAUCUAAAAUGGGUUGAGGAGGAAAUUCAAGCUAUCUGGCUGUCUGGUCUACACUCGCCAAAGUCUUAUCUCUUAUCUCUUAUACAAUCGUGCAGUCGGUAUAAUGGAUGGUCUUUAGAUAAAUCGACGUUCUACACAAUUGUUACGGAUUUUAAAUCGACUGAAAGAUUAGAAGAGCAUUUAAGAGUUGAAAGGUCGAGCGAAAUAUGGGGAUCUAAAAGUGCCUUCUGCGGUGGAUAUGUGACCGGUCUAUAUCUUGUUGGGGCCGGUUGGGAUAUCGAAAGAAAUACACUAAAAAGGAUCGAUCCAAGAGAAUUUUUUACCCCUUUGCCAAUACUCAAGAUCGUACCUAUAGAAAUUCAUAGGCUUAAACUACAAAAUACAAUUAAAACACCUGUCUACGUAACAUCCUAUAGAAGCAAUAGAUUAGGAGAUGGUCUAGUAUUCGAAGCCGAUUUACAUACGACUGAACACCCUAGUCACGCAAUACUUAAAGGACUGUAUUUAACAUUAAAUAAGGAAUAG